UGGCUUGCAGCGCAUUGGAGACCAACCAACAGAUGGCGCCUGAUUUACUGUCUGGAGUUUUGGUGUAUGGGGCGACUGGGUACACUGGUCACCUUGUGGCAAAGAAGGUGAAGGAGGUGGGACUCAGGGCCACUCUUGCAGGGCGUAAUGCAGAAAAAGUGAAGGCGAUUGCGAAUGAGGUUCAGCUCCCAUAUGAGGUGUUCGACCUCAGCGAUUCGGCGAAACUUGACAACUCAGUUGGUCGGCAUGCGGUGGUAUUGCAUAUUGCUGGGCCAUACACUUACACGGCUCGUCCUAUGGUGGAUGCAUGCCUUCGCAAGAAAGCUCAUUACAUAGAUGUCACCGGAGAGUUGCGGGUUGUGGAAGCUGUUCAGCAGCAUGACGAGGAGGCAAAGGCCAGUGGGGUGACUUUGAUGCCUGCCAUUGGGUACGAUGCAUCUGCAGGGGAUUGCCUUGCUGCACAUCUGAAGAAGCGCUUGCCCACAGCAACCCAUCUUGACCUCGGACUCUUUGUCCCAAGGUUCGCAGGAUCAUAUAGACCUCGCAGUCUGAUGUUCUCUCGCGGAACUUUGAAGUCAUUUCUUGUGGGAAUCCUUGCCAAUGGUGGUGUGGUGAGGCGGGACGGAAAAUUGGUUUACGAAGCUUUAGGUGCAAGGUGUCGCACCUUCGACCUGGGAGAGGGUGGUCAUGCACCCUUUGUGUCGUUUGCCGGCAGCGAGCUGAUUGCAGCACACCACUCAACAGGCAUACCGAACAUCACCACUUACAUAUAUAGUGCCCUAAGCUUUCCCACCAAUCGAGUAUUUACAGGUCUGCUGAGCUCGAGGGCGUUCCAGUCUGUGGCUCAAUUCGCCAUCGAUAAAAUCCUUCCAAGGGGUCCUGCAGAAAUCGAUGCAGAAGCUAUUCGAGCGGGUGCUGUAGGAGAAGCAAGGGAUGAAAAAUCAGGGAAAAUCGUUCGAACAUUUGCAACAUCUGGUUCCGGUUACCCGUUCACCGCGAAAAUGGCGGUGGAGGUGACAAGACAGAUUCUCAAUGGCAACUUCAAGCCACGGUUCCAAACAGUUGCCUCAGCCUAUGGGCCGGAGUUCUUGCUAUCAAUACCUGGUGUGAAGUUCGAAGAUUUGCCUGGCUCAUAAUGACCCAAGGGCCAGACAGUUGUGAACAAAAACAGGCCUGUCGC